AGAGAUAAGAGAGAGAAGAGGAAAAGGAGAGAGGAGAAGGAGGGAAGAAGAAGGAAGGAAGGGGACAAUACGAUCAUGCUGUGCUGUAUGAGAAGAACAAAACAGGUUGAAAAAAAUGAGGACGGGGACCAAAAGAUCGAACAAGAUGGCAUCAAACCAGAAGAUAAAGCCCAUAAGGCAGCCACCAAAAUCCAGGCCAGCUUCCGUGGACACAUAACAAGGAAAAAGCUCAAGGGGGAGAAGAAGGGAGAUGCCCCAGCAUCUGAAACUGAUGCUGCUGACAAGAAGGAGGAAGGCCCUGCUGGUGGAGCGGCUGAGAACAAAGAGAGCGAGGCUCCCACUGCCACAGAAGUGGCCGCUGCUGACAGUGCCCAGCUGGAGGAGGGCAGCAAAGACAGCAGCGCACCAGCAGAGGAGAAAAAGGGAGAUGGAGCUGCCAACACGGGCUCAGAGCAGCCAGCCCCGCAGGCUGCCACUCCUGCUGCCUCCUCAGAGGAAAAGCCCACUGCUGCUGCUGCUGCCGAAACGGAAAGUGCCACUAAAGCUUCCACUGAUAACUCGCCGUCCUUGAAGGCUGACGAAGCCCAAGACAAAGAGGAGCCUAAACAAGCCGACGUGCCUGCUGCUGACACCACUGCCACCACCACCCCUGCCGCAGCGGAUGCUACUGCCAAGGCAACAGCGCAACCCCAAAUGGAGACAGUGGAGAGCAGCCAAACCGAAGAGAAGACAGAUGCUGUAGAAGAAACCAAACCUACUGAAAGUGCCCAGCAGGAAGAGGUGAAAGAAGAAGAGAGCAAGGCGGACCAAGAAAAUGCCUGAACAUUAAGAAAUGACUCCCCGUUGCCCCUCCCUCCCUCCCCCUAUCCUCUAUCCUUCCUUCCCACCCCAAUCUCAAUUUCCCCCCUUCCUGCUCACAUCUGUGAGCCUGUCCGUCCCUCUCCCAUUCCCACUUAAACCCUUUUUCUCUCUGUGUGGCAAACAUUUAAAGAAAAAAAAAAAAAAGCAGGAAAAAUCCCAGUCAAACAGUGUGGCUUAAACAUUUCUUUGUUUCUUGGUGUUGUUAUGGCGAGUUUUUUGGUAAUGAUGAUCCAAUCAUUUUGGGAAAAUUCUUGCACUGUAUCAGAGUUCUUUGACCUGGCGCGUGCGUGUGUCUGUCUGCCCACCGCGAGCGCACUCUCUCUCUCUCUCUCUCCUCUCUCUUCUCCAAGUGUGUGUGUGUGCAAUGUUACGUUCAUCUGAGGAGUCCAGACUUACUGAGUGAGUUAAAAGAAAAGAGGAAAAAAAAUACUUUUCUUCCUUUUUCAAUGUGAUGGAAUGAACGAAAGAAAAAAAAAGACCAAACCCAACAUACAAAUGAACGAAAAACUAUACUAAACCCCAGUUUGUUUUCAGAACUAAAACAACAACAACAAAAUGUGCCAAUUAGCAUAAUGCUUGGCUCCAGGCUCCUUUAUCAAACUGAACAAUAAUUAUAAUAAAUGAGAAUAAUGAUCAUUAAUACCACUGUGUCGCAUUUCUAUGCUGCCGUACAUCAUGCUGGCCUGUGGGACACUUCUUGUGUGGUCUGGCUGUCCUCUUCAGCCACCAGUCAGUGACUGACCAUACUGCCUGACACUGCUGAGGGCAUUUUUAAGAGCAGUAAGCUUAGAUAUUGAGUGAGGUGUUACCACCAACUAACAUAAAUAAUGAAAGCAGCAAAGUCAGUUUUAGGAAAGAACAAAAUAAAACAAACAACCCUCUAGGAUAUCUCUAGGCCAUGAAUUGGAGAAGCAUGGUGACCUUGGAGGGAUGAGCCUGCAGCCCCAUGAGUCCCAGCAGAGGGACCAGCUUUGGUCCAAGCUGAAUGUCUGACCCCCAUUGAGGUCCACUCUGAGGUCCAUUAGGGUACAGGAUCCCAGGGCCUGAGCUUAUCCUGGCAGAAAGGUGAUGCUCACCUCACUGGACUGGGGUUGGAGAAGCUGUUGAGUAAUGUAGUGUGCCCCUCCAAAAAUGUUCUGUUUGGCAAAAUAAAUUGGGCCAUUGCAUUGAGUAAAUAGGCAUGUGGGCAGGACAAGGUCUGGUAGCAUAAAAGCCAGUUGAGAGUACUAUGAGAAAUAUCUCAUUCCUGCUCCCUGGCAAAAUCCAGGUUGGAACACCCACCUCUAACAAGGGCCAAGGCUUUUAGCUGUUGUUUAUGGCCUUCCCUCACAGCCAGCUAAAGGCAUGGCAUGUGCUUGCGGUAGUGGACAGAGCAUCACCUUAUCAAUCGCCACUGCUAAUUUCCAUGGGGUGUUGGAUGUUCCCUGAUGUGUGCCAACUGCGCACCCGCUAGACUCAGCCUGUCCCAGUGGAGGACUGACAGAUGCCUGGCUCUCAGGCUGAACAGCUGUCGGGGUCUGCUGCUCUGUUUAUGAUCUGUAAGAGUGAACAGUUAAAGUGUAUUAAGUUAUAACCGGGCUUUAAUAAAAGCCUAGUUAUUGCUCUUUCACUGCCCCAGUUAUCAUCAUGUGCUUUCCCACCAGCUUUUGCAUGGUUUCCUGGCCCUUUUGGCAAUGACAGCUAGUGUACACUGCAGGAUUGCCAUAUUAUGUUGCAGGGCCACAAUUAAAUUGGGCUUACAGCAACAAACCAAAAAUACAGGUCUGCUGACAGCCCCAGAGUCCCUUGGUGGCUGAUGCUUGUCAUGGCAGCCCCAUGGACUUCAGAGGGCUGGCUGAGUCUCCCUGCCCUAGUCCUUUGUUCUCCUCCAUCUCUUUGUUGGAAAUAGGGAGAAAAGACAAACAGUGUCUCCUCAGAGAUGAUUGGUUUGAAUGUAGACCGCUCAGUGGAAAUGCCGACAAAAUGUGCCAGGAUUCAUUUCCAUGUGCUUCCUGGAGCUGUGUGGAAAUAAGAGAGGGAGUGGGAGAAUUUUUAAAAGAGAGGGAAAGAGAGAGUGGGAGAGAGAUUGGACAGAGAUUUUUAAAAACAGGGAUUAGAGAGAUGGGGGGGAAGAUUUUUGAGUGGAUAGGUGGAUGAUCGGGAGAGAGAGGGGAGUAUAGCUAGAGUAAGAAAGAUUAGAGUGAAAAGAUGAGAGAGAGACAGGAAGAAAUUAGAUAAUAUGGAGCAAUAGACGAUUGAUAGAGAUAGUGAAAUGUAGCUAGCUAAAGUAGAUUAGCCAGACUAAAUAGGUAGAAAGAUGGGCUGACUGACAGAUAGGUAUUGUGUCAUACUUCAUAAACGAUAUAUAUGCUAAUAUUCCCAUGUCAUGAUGGGUGGUAAACCCUGAGACACCUUCCAGCCUGACCUCAAUUCAGCAAAUGUAGCGCAGACAUCAGGCAUUGCUUGGACCAUAUGUCAGGUCCUACUACCCUGCCCAUUUUUGCUGUGGAAGCAGCAGGGGGGUAGAUGGUGUUCGGGGAGAGAGAGCGCUCUAAUGGACACGGGGGGGCCAAGGUGUGGGGAGGAGAGGUGUAGAAUAUGUUUGCUGUUCAUAGUUCACAAGGUGCCCAACCCAGCUUGGACGUUGCAGACGCCCCAUGUCUCUAGAACUGAGGUUCAACUCUCAGGAUUUGUGGGAAAGGUGUUUGGGAGAAGGCAGGAAGGAGAGAGCAUGUUUUUUGUUUAGCCUUAUCUCCUGUUAUGACCAUUUAAAAGAGUUCUCUUAAGGACUGUCUUGCCUGUUUCUGCAAGGAUCGUGUGGUCUCCUUACUCUUCUGACCAGACCCCAAACUUUUCAUCUUGCCUCCUUUUUACGAUUACUAUUUUUAGAUUUAUAAGGAAAAGAAGACUGCCUCUCAUGUCUUCCUGGACACAGACCUUCCUUCCUCCUCAAAAAAACAGAAACAUUUUUCCCUCCCCAAGGAUGCUUUAUCUUCGCAUUUGGCAUGUUGCCUCCCCCUUGGCUGAUGGUUGGAGUAUAGUGCAUAUUUUGUCACUGUUUGUAAGAACAUACUUUGCCAUGUUGCUUAAAGAACAAAGGUUUGGGGGUUGGGCUUUGAUUUCCCCCUCCCCAACAAAGAGAACUGGGUAUGUGGUUACCAGCUGCAAACCUAAAUAAUUUAACUACUAAGACCUCUCCCUUGGUUCCAGUUUAAAAUUAUUAGCUGUAACCAAGCACCCCUCUAUCUUUCUUGUUGUACCAUGUCCUGAUCUUGCCAGAGAGUCAGGGCAAAGAGAGCGUGAGAGAGAGUACACAGACAAAUCCUGCCCUUAAUAGGCAGUGGUUUAAUGUGUAAUACACAAGAUUUGUAUAGGAAGCUGGGUGGCCUUCAGGGUACAGGAAGAGAGCAGAGAAAAGCAUUUGGAUUUCCUUGAGUUGCCUCUUCAGCCAGAUUUUAAAAGGCUGAAAGGAAACAGUAUAAAAGAUAUAGCAUGGGACGGAAACUGGAUGGAGAACGGGUGUUUGAGGAACAAUUUUUCUAGCAGGAUAUCUAAUGAGCUGAGAGCAGCACAAGAGGCAGGAGGUCCCAGAAGUAAAGAGUGGAGCAAAGAGUAUCCAGCAGUGUAGCUGGAGCUUUUCCACAACUCCUGAUGCAACAACCAGCAUGAAUUCCCCAGGGACUAUAUAUCUAAUCCUCUCUCCCUGAAGAGGAUACAGCUUUGCCUGGAGGUGUCUGUGGUUGUUACUUUAUAUAUAGAGAAGGAAGGGCAUGUCAGAAUGACUCACACGGGAAAUACGGUGCCUGACCUCAUGUUAAGUGCUGUGGAAAUUCAGAGUCCAAGAGGGGCCUUUUCCAUGCCUCUGUAGUAAGAUGUGCUAGCGAUCAACAUCUAUGCUGAAAGUUUGUACCAAUUCUAAGCCAGCUCUUGACAUUUCAGCCUCAUCUAGACUAAGCCUUGGAAAAGUAUAAAAAUUCCAAGUUAACAGCCCUACAAAUGCAGCAGACCAUUCACAUUAAUUUGGUCUGCUUUGAAUGCUUGUGGCAUUCAUAGACUGUUUGCAUUGACAGUAUAUAAAACCCCACAAUCCUUGCAAUAGUUGCAUCAGCCAAGAAGCUCCACCAUGAGCCACAUUCCAAAGGGAGGGGAAGGUCAUCCUUCUGAGAUCCCUUCAGACUUGGUGUUUUCCAGUGCCAAACCCUAAUGCAGCCCCAUGAGAGGCUAGAAAGAACUCAUCUAUGGUGACAACAUAAACACCACUGCUUGGGGAACGUGCCACUCUAAUUGAAAGAAGUGGCGUGACCGGAGGAGAGGUGUUUAGAAAGAAAGGAAGGAAGAAAAAUAGAGAGAGGGACUUCAUACCAAACUCCCCAUGGGAGAUCUUUCUUUUGUCCUGCACUCUCCAAAUGGCAAGUUGGCAUGUGAGGCUUUUUGUACUGCAGGUCUGCUGUCUGUUGUAGGUGUCUUAGGAAGGAAAGAGAGUGGCUGUGGUUUGCAGAGGUGGAGAAAAUGUUUUUGUGGCACUCUUGGCUAACAAGCCCUUUCAGUGGUCAUCUGCAGCUCAGCGAUGUGAGGUGGUGGUUGUGGGGUUCCUCUUCCAGGCCUGUGCUCAGAUUCCCUGCUUUUCUGCAUUGCCACAUUAGCACUUUUACUGGAUAUUUAGAGCACCUCAGGACUGGUUCUCCUCUCACUCACACUGGGGUAACUCAGGAGUCACUCCACUGGAACCAGUGGUGUUAAUCUGGUGUGAAAAUAAUGUGAGAGGAGGAUUCAACUCCUCACGGGGGGAUUUUCCAGGUCCCCGAGGGGGAAAAAAAAAAUCAAUGGGAGUUACAUGUUUAACUGCCACUUGUGCCUGUGAAAGUCUGCCCCUUAUCUACCAACAUGUAUGUAGGGUACAGUUUUCAGAAUAACCUAAGUGACGUGGUCACUUGAGAGAUUGCAUUUCACUCGCUUUCAAAGAGACAUAAACUCCUAAGACCCAGAUGCUGAAGGAUGUCUAAACUCCUCUCUGCAGUGAAUUUAGGGGCUCAGACCUAAAAUAGUCCAGUCGUUUCCAAAGUGGAGUUUAAGAUCAUGGGUCAUAUAGGUGGUCCUGAAAGCACUACCCUCUAUCGAUUUUUCAGGGUGUUUAUCUCAGGUCAUGUGUGAGCCUGCAUUCUUACCUACAAUGCUUUAUUACUACAUUCCUCUGUUGAGCAAUACUUGGAAGAAGAGGUGAAGGCUGAGAUAUGCAGAACAGGCUAGUGACCCCAGUGGUUCACAUCUGGAGUGCCCAGCUUGAGAGACACCUUGCUGUGUCCCAGUCCACAAGUCCCCUGUGUACUUUGAAUAUCGGGAUUCAUGUAUUAUACACCCAGAACCACUGGUCACUUCCCCCAGAAAAACCCAAAAUUCCAGCCUGAGACCUAGACUGCUCUAGCAAAAGAAAAUCCUAGGUGAACCGUUCAUCCAAUAGCUUGAUUUUUCUGCUCAUACCUGUUCCUAACGAAUGAAACACACCCCUAUGCAUCACCUAAACCCUAUUUUGUGGAGUUACACUGGCAUACAGCUGAAGUAACACAGCAGUAAAUCAGGGCCUGAAGAAAGCGGCUACAUCCUAGAGAGUAUCAAGAACUGUGACGUGUCUGGAAGCUAAUAAGAGCAGAACUUGACGAUUAGAGCGGCCCAUUUCCGAUGCUCUUGUGUGAGGAUCUGGAAAGAGUCUCUCACUCAUUGUACUUGUGCAUUAUGAAUGUGUCCAUCUGCAGAGAUCUAAUGUACACAUAUGUCCUGAAUAUUGUCCUAAGGUUGCAAGCUUCAAAAAUGAGCAGAAAACAUUCCCGAGAAGUGAGAAUAAUACAGAUGUCUGUAUCUGAAAAAUUGGUU